AUGGACUUUCAGGAUUCCGUGACAUUUAAAGAUGUGGCUAUAGACUUCACAUUAGAAGAGUGGAGGUUGAUGGACCCUUCACAGAGGAACCUACACAAGGAUGUGAUGCUAGAGAAUUAUAGGAAUCUUGUUUCCCUGGGGCUCGCAGUUUCCAAACCAGACAUGAUAUCUCAUUUGGAGGAUGGAAAAGGACCAUGGGUUGUAGUGAGAGAAAUUGCAAGAACCCCCUAUCCAGAGUUGGAGACCAAACAUGCAACCAAGAAUGUAUCAACCACGGAUAUUUCUGAAGAUGUAUCACAAGAGACCAUAAUAGAUAAACUCACAGAGAAUGGUCUAUGGAACUCCAGAAUGGGAGGAUUAUGGAAAUGGAAUGAAAGGAUAUUGAGACUGCAAAAUAGUCAGGAAAAUCAUUUGAACCAAAAAAUAGUUACUCACAAGAAAAUUCCCUCUGGUCAAAGAGGCUUUAGAUUUGGAUCUAUUCUUUUUCCUGAAGCAGGAGUCAUAAGAGAAGAACCCCACAGCAAAUGCCAAAUACGUGAAAAUUUCACUGAGAAUUUAGAUUUGAUCACAGAUACACAUAUGGGGAAGAAAAUUUGCAAGGAUACAGAAGGCAGCAAAGCCAUAAGGCCUACUUCAGAACUUACGUUAGGGAAAAAAUACAAUAAUAAAGAAAAGCCCUAUAAAUGUAGUACAUGUGAAAAGUCCUUUCGUUAUAGGUCACUACUCAUUCAACAUCAGAGAACUCACACUAAAGAAAAACCUUAUGAAUGUAAUGAAUGUGGGAAAAUGUUCAGCCAGCCUUCAUAUCUCAGUCAACAUAAAAAAAUUCACACUGGAGAAAAACCCUAUAAAUGUAAUGAAUGUGGAAAGGCCUUCAUUGCUUCUUCAUCACUUAUGGUACAUCAGAGAAUUCAUACGAAGGAGAAACCUUAUCAAUGCAAUGUCUGUGGAAAAUCUUUUAGCCAGUGUGCUCGCCUUAAUCAACACCAGAGAAUUCAAACCGGAGAGAAACCCUAUAAAUGUAGUGAAUGUGGGAAAGCUUUCAGUGAUAAAUCAAAACUUGCAAGACAUCAGGAAACUCACAAUGGAGAGAAGCCCUACAAAUGUAAUGAUUGUGGGAAAGCCUUUAGGAAUAAGUCAUAUCUUAGUGUACAUCAGAAGACCCAUACUGAAGAGAAACCAUAUAAAUGCAAUGAAUGCGGGAAAUCUUUCAAGAAUACCACAAUUUUUAAUGUCCAUCAGAGAAUUCAUACUGGAGAGAAACCCUUUAGAUGUAAUGAAUGUGGGAAAGCCUACAGAAGUAAUUCAAGCCUUAUUGUACAUAUAAGAACUCAUACUGGGGAAAAACCCUAUGAAUGUAAUGAAUGUGGGAAAGCAUUCAAUCGUAUAGCAAAUUUCACAGAACAUCAAAGAAUUCAUACAGGGGAAAAACCUUAUAAAUGUAAUGAGUGUGGGAAAGCAUUCAUUAAUUAUUCAUGCCUUACUAUACACCACAGAAUGCAUACAGGAGAGAAACCUUAUAAAUGUAAUGAGUGUGGAAAGGCCUUCAUGCGUUCUUCAUCCCUAAUUAUACAUCAGCGAAUUCAUACUGAAGAGAAACCUUAUCUAUGUAAUGAAUGUGGGGAAUCUUUCAGAAUAAAAUCACACUUAACUGUACAUCAGAGGAUUCAUACUGGAGAGAAACCAUAUAAAUGUAAUGAAUGUGAGAGGGCAUUUACCAAAAUGGUAAAUCUCAAAGAGCAUCAGAAAAUUCAUACUGGAGUGAAACCUUAUAAAUGCUAUGAUUGUGAAAAAUCUUUCAGGACUAAGUCAUACCUUAUUGUACAUCAAAGGACACAUACUGGAGAAAAACCAUAUAAGUGUAAUGAAUGUGAGAAAGCUUUCACUAAUACAUCACAACUUACUGUACAUCAAAGAAGGCAUACUGGAGAAAAACCCUAUAAAUGUAAUGAGUGUGGGAAGGUUUUCACAAGUAACUCAGGCUUUAAUACCCAUCAGAGAACGCAUACGGGAGAGAAACCAUUUAAAUGUAAUGACUGUGGGAAAGCAUUUAGCCAGAUGGUACAUGUCACAGAACAUCAGAAAAUCCACAGUGGAGAGAAACCCUAUAAAUGUGAUGUCUGUGGAAAAGCCUUUAGGAGGGGUUCAUACCUAACAGUGCAUUGGAGAACACAUACUGGAGAAAAACCCUAUACAUGCAAGGAAUGUGGAAAAGGUUGUAUCACCCUAUCGCAGCUAACUCUACAUCAGAGAAUUCAUACUGGGGAAAGGCCCUAUAAGUGUGAAGAAUGUGGGAAAGCCUUCAGAACCAACUCAGACUUUACUGUACAUCUGAGGAUGCAUACUGGAGAAAAACCCUAUAAAUGUAAUGAGUGUGGAAAAGCCUUUAGGAGUAGCUCAAGCCUUACUGUACAUCAAAGAAUACAUCAAAGAGAAACUCAGCUAAUAUAAAGAUUAAUAAAGCAUUCAUCCAGAUGCCAACUCCACAAGAAGAAUCAUAAACUGUGUCUUUUAUGAAUGUGGGGAAACUUCCAGGAGCAGUUCACCAGAAAAUACACACUUAAGAGAUACUUUAGAGGGGGCGCCUGGGUGGCUCA